UCACACUUAGCAGAAAUGGCUAUCAGAGAGAUGUCUCUUCUUUUAGGGUUCUUAGUGUUGCUUAGAUCAUUGGCUCCUACUAUGCCAAUGACAUAUGUUAAUUGCACAAUCCCACAUGAUCCUACAUUUAGCAGAAAUUCCUUCCCAGAUGGCUUUGUUUUUGGGACUGGCUCAGCUGCCUACCAGUACGAAGGUCAUGCAAACAAAAGUAACAGAGGGCCGAGCAUAUGGGACACAUUUACUCAUGACUAUCCAGCCAGAAUAAAAGAUCAUAGCACCGGUGAUGUUGCAAUUGAUUUCUACGAUCUCUACAAAGAUGAUAUUCGUAAGAUGAAGGACAUGCAUAUGGAUGCUUUUAGAUUCUCCAUCUCUUGGACGAGAAUGAUACCAAGUGGGCAGGUGCAAUGGGGAAUAAAUGAUGAGGGAAUCGAGUUUUACAACAGCCUCAUUGAUGAAAUCAUAUCGAAUGGACUUGUGCCUUAUGUGACUCUUUUUCAUUGGGACACUCCUCAAGCAUUGUUUGAUAAGUAUGGAGGUUUUCUAAGCGAAAACGUUGUCAAUGAUUUUCGAGAUUUUGCCGACUUGUGCUUUCAAAGUUUUGGUGAUCGGGUGAAAUACUGGUUUACUUUAAAUGAGCCAGACACAUACAGUGUUCAUGGCUUUGAUUCGGGCGUUGGUGCACCGGGACGAUGCUCGGCGUGGGUGGAUAAAGCAUGCCAAGCUGGAGACUCUGCUACUGAACCUUACAUAGUCACUCAUAAUUUGCUUCGUUCUCAUGCAGCAGCUGUAAAAUUGUAUCGGGAAAAGUACCAGGAACAACAAAAUGGCAAGAUCGGCAUCACACUCUGUUCCUUUUGGUACGAACCUUAUUCAGAGACCCCAGCAGAUUAUGAGGCAGUUCAAAGAAUACUUGAUUUCAAUCUUGGAUGGCACUUGAGCCCAAUCACUUACGGUGACUAUCCAAGGAGCAUGAGAAGUUUAGUCGGAGAUCGAUUGCCGAAUUUCACUGCCCAGGAAAUCUUAGAUCUUCGAGGAUCUUAUGACAUUCUUGGAUUAAAUUACUAUGGUGCAUACUAUGCAAAAAAUCUUACCCAUGUUGAUCCUGAUCCAACUCACCUUCGUUAUGCAACAGAUUCUCAUGUCAAUGUUACUGGACAGAAAAAUGGAAAGCUAAUUGGACCGCAGGCUGCUUCACCCUGGCUAUAUGUUUAUCCAAAAGGGAUACGAUAUCUUCUGAACUACACCAAGGAUCAAUACAGGAAUCCAACAAUUUAUAUAACUGAAAAUGGAGUUUCUGAUUUCAACAACGGAUCCCAGAUAUCAUUGAAGACAGCACUUAAUGAUACUUGCAGGGCAAAAUACUAUCAUGACCAUCUCAAGAAUGUUCUACGCUCCAUUGAAAACCAUGGGACCAUUGUUAAAGGAUAUUUUGCAUGGACAUUUGCUGACGAUUUUGAAUGGCCAAAUGGUUAUACCAUAAGAUUUGGUCUCUACUACACUGAUUACCAGCAUAACUUGCAUAGAUACCCUAAGAGGUCAGUGCGCUGGUUCACAAAUUUUUUGAAGGGAUACAAGUGGAACAAGGAACCAAUGUCGAGCUCUCCAUUGCGUUUCUACAGUUCUGCUCCAAGUGAUCAUCAGUACCUGGAUGAAUGAAAAGUCAUUUUUAAAUAAUCACCAGGAUUGCAUAUCCAGUGAAUUAUAAGUUUGUGUUUAAUUAUUAUAUAUGCUUGUGUUGUGUGAUAGAUAUCUGAUGCUUCCAGCAUGGACUAGGAAUUAUCCCUUCCCUAGUUUACCAUGAUUGGAUUAAAAUUGUGAUGGGACUUAUAAUUAAAUAAAGCUUUAUGUUUACUUAUUGUCUAGAUCCUGU